CUUCGAUAUUUUCAUCCACUUCCAUAUUCCCCUCACCUCAUGGCCGCAGCCGGAGCCGCAAUUGAGAUUGUCGUCAGCGAGGCUGUGGACGAGCAGCUCCACCCCUCCGAGCACCUUGAUGCCUCUUAUGACCCCACCUCGUCCAACCUCGGCUUGCACCCUGACCCCUCUGGCGACGGCGAGCUCGACGAGUCAACCCCGCUUCUUGGCAACAUGAAAAGCUCCAAAUCAUCGGAGAGCUUCCUCAGCGCCAUCAGCGACCCGUUCGGCAGCAUCACGCCCGAACUCCUCGCCGAGGGAGACGACCUCGACAAAGAGAAUAACAUCAUCCAUCUUAACAACAACCCGCGCUGGAAGAAGCAGCUCCGGAUCAUUGUCAACAACCAGCCGCAGAAUCUGCCUGGAACGGCCCUGCGAUGGUUCUUCACAAUCGUCCUUCUGCUCUCCAUCGUCAUCCUCGUCCUCGGAACCGAGGCCCAAUAUGCCCAGUACAAGCUGGCCAUCUUCCUUGUCAACGUUUUUUGCGUCCUCGUCUUUUCCAUGGAAAUCGCCCUGGAAUUCUAUGUCGCCCCCUCCUGGUCGAGCCUGAACCACUUCAUGACCUACAUUGAUCUGUCUGCCACGAUCCCCUUCUACAUCGAGGUGCUCAUAUGCCUCGGUUCUGGACAGAGCCUCAUUGACGGAACCACCGCCAUCAGCGGGCUCGCUGCCCUGCGUAUCCUGCGUGUAUUCCGCGUUUUCCGCCUCCUGAAGCUGUUUGAGCGAUCCGAUGAGCUGUUGCUGCUCGUCAAGGCUCUUCAGGCAUCCUCCAACGGCAUUGUGGCUCUUUUGAUCACGCUGCCGUUGCUGGUGACGUUCUUUGGAACACUCCUCUACUAUGCAGAGCAGACGAACGAAUACUAUGAGAACGGGAAAUGGUACUAUUAUGACGACAAGUCGCUCUCGCCCUUCCAGUCGAUUCCAGAUGCCUUUUGGCAGAUCAUUGUCACUUUGACCACUGUGGGAUACGGUGAUGUCGUCCCUCGCACCCUCGCCGGCCGCUUCGUGAGCGUUGCCACCAUGGUUGUGGCGCUGUUUGUGAUGGCCUAUCCCUUGACGAUCAUCACCAUGCACUACUCCAAUGUCGUUACGCAGCACGAAAAUGCCAUCAAGCGCCGCCAGAAACGCCAGCAAGCGCUCCAAGCUGGAGUGCAAAGGGACGCUCGCGGCAGAAGCAAGUCUAGAGAGCGCGGUUUGGAGGUUGAAUAUCCCGACUCUCCCCAAGAUGGACCGCAGGUCGCUGCUGUCGGCCGAGACAUUGUCAGCAUUAUGCGAAACCGCAAGGAGCCUUCGGUCGACUACAGCUCGCUUCUGGACGAGCUGCAUCGAACUUCGACACCGAGCCAGGUCCAGCUCGUGGAAAUCAAGCGAGACGAGCUCGACCUGUCACAGGUAUCGGUUCGGGUCAAGGUCAAGAGCGACGAGCAGUUCCGCAAAAUUCUGCAGCUCCUGUCUCAGAUUGAGUGACAGCAUCUUGCAACAGUGCGCUCUUGCACUCCUUCCUGAAUGUAUCGACGGCACUCGGCGUCAUAUUUUGCUUCCGAUUAUUCUUCUUCUUUUAUCGUGCCCGUGUUUAGGCUCUCGCCUGUAUUCCCAGUCUACGCUUUUGCUAUCAUCCCGGUCGGUGUCGUGAGUGACGAGAUCAGCAUUGCCUCUCCUCUCUCUCUAUUCGUUAAUGAAUACAGUCAAACCAGAAAGUUAUGUGGCGGUAUUCCGUUUCCCUGGCAUCAGAAGCCCGAAGCCUGUUGAUCACCUCCACGCUGCUGUGGACAGGGCAUGCGAUUGUUUCUGGUCCUGGCUGGCAAUCUCUUUGCUUUGGUUGGUUUGGGAGAAUCGUCUUGAACACACUCGGUCGAUCUCCCGUGGUGACGAUCGACUGGCAUUGAUGUCGUGAUGUGG